CCGCUCUCAGUUGAGAGUCGAAUAAAAGUGCCCUGAAGGGUUUAAGGGCUGCGCCGCAGAGGCUGCUGUCAGUGCGUGGGUUAAAGGCGUCGCUAAGCUGUGUGCGGCUAGUUGGUAACGGAGCAAUUUAACUUUAUACACUUUAGCAGGAUGCUUUAUAUUUGAUGUGUCCCUGCCCAAGUUGCUCGAAAUUAACAGACUGAAUAUUACAGUGGUAAUUCGGCAUGGGACAACAGUUGAAGGUGGAUAAAAAUAUAGUAAGCUGCUUGACUGAAAACGUGAUGAAAGCUAUGUAUUUUUGGCUUCAAUGAAAGUUGAUUUCUGUUUUGUUUCAAAUAGACCUAGUACAUUGUUCAGGAUAAUUAUGCCACCACCUGUGCCUGAGCUAGGGAGAAACAAACUGCUGCAGCAGGGCAUCCACUCAUCUGCUUAUUCCUAAGCAUUUAAAAACCUUUCUGCUUUGGUAGCAUUAGUUCACUAGUAAUUGUACAGUGGGUUUUUCCCUCUCUUUGAGACCCUUGUCUGUAAUUAUGGAUGGCACAUUGUACCACAGAAAUCAUUAGCUUUGUCUGGUUCAUAAAUUUUUAUAUUGUUGUGCUACUAGGUUAUUGCACAGGUGUGAAAAAUAGUGUUAAAUAAAGCAUGUCAAAUAGCCUAGAUCUUUUUCUUCCUUAAAAGUUUUAUGUGUAGUAUCUCUACAAAUAGCUUAUUUAUAUGUCCAUGAGGCUUGUAACAGAUCCUGAAGCUCGCCAUCAAGAAGUUAUAGUUAGAAACCAUUCAUAACUCUUUGUCUAAGUUUGUAUUUAGCUUAUCAUGAGUUACUUAAUCAUGAUUGUUUUCAAAACAUGUUUGCUUCAUCCUUUCUGAUUUUUGUGCUUUGAACUGUACACAUAUGGGAUUUCUUUUUUUUCUGAAUUGCAACCAAAAUUUUUAAGGUUACUUUUUAAUUGUGACUUGAUAUUUUUGUGAUAAUAAAACUUCUUUCACUUAAGACAACAAAAUUGAGAUAGCAAAAUCUAUGAAGACAAUUAAACAGUGUUGUAGGGACUUGCUUCCAGUUUCAGGAUUACCAUUGAGUUGUUGGGUGCUCUACCUUAUAUUUAGUUAGGAAAAUGUGAAUUGCUGUUUGUUAUUAUAUAGUUUUAUUGGAAUAAUAUGGCUUCCCUUCAUUUUUGAAAGACGUUUAAACUGUGUUUCCUCUUUAGUCUCUUAAUGUUUAACGUUCCUACUGUGCUAUUGGGAGGUCUGACUGGCAUGUAAGUCAGACUUGUUAAUGUUGAAGUAGCUAGCUUCCUUCACUACAUACUUCCAACUUCUUUUUAGAAGGCUUUUUUCCUUGAAUUUUGGCGGGUUACGAUGAGUGCACCGAGUAAAACGAUAGAGCUGCAGCUGCAAGUGAAGCAAAAUGCUGAAGAGCUGCAGGAUUUUAUGAGAGAAUUGGAGAGCUGGGAAAAAGAUAUUAAAGAAGUGGAUUCUGAACUCAGGAAACAGAGUGGGGUCCCAGAAGAGAAUUUGCCACCAAUUCGAAACAAGGCUUUUAAGAAAAAGAAGAAAAGCAAACAUAAAGUCCCUUCAAAGAUAACCUCUGAGGAAAACAAGAAAAACAAGAUCAAGUCUUACGAUUAUGAAGCAUGGGGAAAACUUGAUGUGGAUAAAAUACUUGAAGAACUUGAUAAAGAAGAUAGUACUCAUGAUUCUGUAUCUCCAGAAUCAGACUCUGAAGAAGAUGGAAUUCAUGUAGAUGCUGAAAAGGCUCUUGCAGAGAAGGAAAAGGGUAAUAAAUACUUCAAACAAGGAAACUUUGAUGAAGCUAUAAAAUGCUAUACUAGAGGGAUGCAUUCUGAUCCGUACAAUCCAGUAUUGCCCACAAACAGAGCAUCAGCCUUUUAUAGAAUGAAAAAGUUUUCUGUUGCGGAAUCUGACUGCAAUUUAGCACUUGCUUUAGAUAAAAAUUAUGUAAAGGCUUAUGCGAGAAGAGGAGCCGCUCGCUUUGCUUUGAAAAAUCUUCAAGGUGCUAAAGAAGAUUAUGAAAAAGUUUUGGAGCUGGAUGCCAACAAUUUUGAAGCAAAAAAUGAACUGAAGAAAAUUGAUCAGGCUCUGUCAUUGAAAGAAAAUUCAGAACAGAAAGAGUUUGAGGAUGCAGUCAGAACAGGAUUAACAGAUGAAGAGAAGCAGCGCAUUGAAGACCAGCAGCUCAAGCAGAAGGCAAUUGCAGAAAAAGAUCUGGGUAACGGUUAUUUCAAAGAAGGAAAGUAUGAGGCUGCAAUAGAGUGCUACACCCGUGGUAUCGCAGCAGAUGGCACCAAUGCACUGCUGCCAGCUAACAGAGCCAUGGCCUACCUAAAGAUUGAGAAGUACAAAGAGGCAGAAGAUGACUGCACACAAGCUCUGCGCUUAGAUGCUUCCUAUUCUAAAGCUUUUGCCAGAAGAGGAGCUGCCAGAGUUGCUCUUGGGAAGCUAAAGGAAGCUAUUCAAGAUUUUGAAGCUGUUCUGAAGCUGGAACCUGGAAAUAAACAAGCAAUAAAUGAACUCACAAAAAUAAGAAAUGAAUUAGCUGAGAAAGAGCAGCAGACUCACCAAGAAUAUCCUGCAAUGUUGAUAAAAGAAGCGGAAAUCAAAAAUAUAGUGAAAAUGAUAGAUAAUCCAUUACAGAUUAAAUCAACAAAGCCAUUGCGAAGAAUAGAGAUUGAAGAAGUUGAUGAUGAUGAUACAUCAGAUGGUGACUUGCUCAGCACUACUUUAGUCAAUAACUGGAGGAAUUCAGUGAGUGUUGAAGCAACAGAAGCUCUAGAUCAGGAUGAUCUGUUGACUACAGUUGAUAUUCCAAAAGCAAAGCACUUGAAAAUAGAAGAAAUCAGUGAUACAUCACUAUCACAGCUGCCUGUAAAUGUGAAAGGAAUUUCAUCAACAAUGCAUCAGUCUUCUCCUGCAAGCCAACAGAGAGAAAAAGAAAUCAGAAGGUCAUUUAUGUCUGCUUCUCCAGUUCCUCCCAUUCCUACAAAUUCUUUCCAGCUUGAAUCUGACUUCAGAAAGUUGAAAGACUGCCCUGAAAACAUGUACUUGUACCUGAAGCAAAUAGAGCCCUCGCUUUAUGCAAAGCUGUUUCAGAAAUCCUUAGAUCCAGACUUGUUUAACCAGAUCCUGAAAAUUCUACAUGACUUCUAUAUUGAGAAAGAGAAGCCAUCACUCAUCCUUGAAAUCCUCCAGAGGCUCUCUGAAUUAAAAAGAUUUGAUAUGGCAGUAAUGUUUAUGUCAGGUUCAGAAAAAAAAAUUACACAGGUAUUAUUCAAUCAUGUGAACCAUAUGGGAUUAAAAGAUGCUUCUGUUGAAGAAUUGGAGAAGAAAUACGGCAUUUUCUCUUAGCAACAUAGCUGAUGUAAAUGUCUAGUUUUGCACCUUUUCCAUGCAGAAAUUAGCUAAGAAGGCUGUAAAGACUGCAAUUUUGUUGCUUUUUAUAAAUAAUGAAACUCUUAAGCUUGGGUUAGCCAAAUGGCAAGUGCCUGAAGAGAUCAUUAUUUAGUUCUGAAGUACACUUGUUCUCCAGUACCUGAAACAAUAUGGAUCUACAUUUUCUUCAGUGGAAUCUGUUUGCCUGAAAACCAGUUGGGCAGAUUGCCAUUCAGGAUCUGGACUGUAGAUAGAGAUCUUUAUUAAAAGGAAAAAGAUAUUUAUAAACAUGUCUUUGUUUAUCAAAUGCUGUAUAUUAGAAUUAUGCAUGGGAUUUUUACUUUAGAAAAUAAACUGAAUGUUGAAUUGAA